AUUAAAAGGAAAGACAUGAAUGUCCGAACGGAGGACAGCAUUAGCCUGUGCCAAAGGGCUCUACAAAUUGUCACGGACCUGUGCCUGGCUGGGCAUGUCGACCGGGAGAAAUGCUCGGAUAUCUUUCCCAUGGAGAGCACCAUACCAGGUAAAGGGAAUUCAGACAUCUCUGUAAGUCUUCUAGCUGUGGUCGUGGGUUUCUGUGCGCUUGCCCUGUUGGUAGUCUCUCUCUUUGUGUUUUGGAAGCUGUGCUGGCCCAUCUGGAGAAGCAAGGCCCUCUCUUCCCAUGGUGACAUCACCUCCCAGGGAAUGCUCCCUGAAGCACCACCAGCCCACCCAUUGCCUUCCUCGCCUCAGCCUCAGCCCCAGCCCCCAUCCCAGUCUCAGCUACCCCUCGCAGAGAACAAGUCUGUGGUGGUGAUAGGGCGCCAGCCCUCACAGCUGCAGCGCAAUGAGGAGGAAGAGGAGUGGAAGAAAAAGGUGCCUGAGGUGAAGGUGAAUGGCCGCAGUUCAGUGAAGAUGCUUGAGGCAGCCAUGAAAAUAAGCCAGACGUCGCCGGACAUUCCGGCUGAGGUGCAGCAGGCCCUGCGUGAGCGAUUGGGAAAGCAGGCAAAGAUCCAGAGACAAACCACAGAGCCAACCUCCUCUUCCAGGCAUAAUUCAUUCCGUCGGCAUCUGCCACGGCAGAAAAAUGUGUCCAGCGUGGAUUUCAGCAUGGAAACUCUACCUGUGCGGCAAUCCUCAGCGGUCAGCAUCGGCCGCAUCAAGCCUGAGCUCUACAAACAGAAGUCUGUGGACUCAGAAGAAGGGAACAAGGAGCCAGUGGAGACAUGUGGCAAGCUGAGCUUCGCACUGAGCUAUGACUAUGAGGAGCAGGCUUUGGUGGUGCGCAUUCUUAAGGCCCUAGACUUGCCUGCCAAGGACUUCACGGGCACCUCUGACCCCUACGUGAAGAUUUACUUGCUCCCAGAGCGCAAGAAGAAGUUCCAGACACGGGUUCAUCGUAAGAACCUCAACCCUGUGUUCGAUGAGCUGUUCCUCUUCCCUGUGGAGUAUGAGCAGUUGUGUAACCGUAAGCUGCAUUUCAGCGUUUAUGACUUUGACCGUUUCACAAGCCAUGACAUGAUUGGUGAGGUGGUGGUGGACAACCUGUUUGAGUUAUCUGACCUGUCACGUGAGGCUGUGGUCUGGAAGGACAUUCUUGUCUCAACUACUGAGAGUGUGGAUUUAGGGGAAAUCAUGUACUCCCUCUGCUACCUUCCCACGGCUGGCCGCAUGACCCUCACUGUCAUCAAGUGCCGAAAUCUGAAGGCCAUGGACAUCACGGGUUCCUCUGACCCUUAUGUGAAAGUGUCCCUGAUCUGUGAUGGUCGGAGGCUCAAGAAGCGGAAGACCACUACCAAGAAGAGCACACUUAACCCAGUGUACAAUGAGGCUAUCAUCUUUGACAUCCCCCCCGAGAAUGUGGAGCAGGUUAGCCUGUCAAUAAUGGUGAUGGAUUAUGACAGAGUUGGGCACAAUGAGGUAAUUGGUGUGUGCCGAACAGGCCCAGAUGCUGAGGGUCUGGGCCGAGACCACUGGAACGAGAUGCUGGCAUACCCACGAAAGCCUAUUACUCAUUGGCAUUCCCUGUGUGAGUGGCCAGGAAGAGCAUCCAGUUUUGAGAGUCAGGGCUCCUGCCCUUCCCCCAAGCCCCCACAAACUCCAUAA